AGAAAGCAACAGAGCAUUCUCUGUAGUGUUGGUUUAUCUCCCGCGGAGCUUUCAAGCUUCUCCUUCCCUCGUUUUCAUGGCCGUCGCCGUCUCCUCCUCUUGCUCGCUACUUCGAUUGGCUGCCUUCUGGCCCGUGGAUUCCUCCCAAUGGAAGCGUCAUCCUUUUGUUUUCUUCUCUAACUUGCCUUCCGACCUAGUCCGGACUUCGCUCCGAGUUUCCCGGCGAUCCCCAUCUUAUCCCAAUGAAGCGGUUGUUGCUGUACCUGACCCGCGUGUUUGGAGAGGAAAUCAGGAUGAUGAAAAGGACGAUCAUGGGGAGAAUGAUUCCGAUGAUGAUGAGGGGGAAGACCGGAGUUUGGAUCUAUUGGUUCAAUUUCUUCAUAAUAUGUUUCGAAAAAUCUCCCGCAGGACCAGGAAAGCUGUUAGAUCUGUUCUCCCACCUUCUAUUUCUACCAAUUUGGUGAGGUUUUCAGUGGAUGGGGUUUUGAUUCUGGCAUUGCUGUGGAUUACCAAGGCAUUUCUUGAGGUGGCAUGCACAUUGGGUACAUUGGUGUUUGUGAGCAUCCUUCUCGUCCGGGCAGUAUGGUCCGGUGUAUGUUACAUGAAAGAAAGCCAAUAUUAUGGGUACAUGAACAGGAUUUAUAGUGAUGAUGAUGCCUGGAGUGGUGCACGACCAGCAACUUGAUUCAUUGUUCUAGUUUCUCUUAACAAGAAUACAAUUCUACAGGACACUUAUUAUGAGCGGAAGGAAUAAAUAUCUUUUUAUGAAAAUAAGAAGUGAGCAAUGAUCUGAGCAGAGCUGGGUGGCACAGUCUAAGUAAAGCAAAGUAUGAAAGAGUUCCAGAAUCCUUGGCAGGAGAAACUGUUAUAUUUCAUUUGUCUUUUACAUUGUACCAUAGAGAUGUAAACACAUCCUGAUCUUACUGUUAGAACCAAUGCAAAUUAAAAUUUUGUUUGAACAACUUCCCAAGUUUCUCUUUAAUACUUUCAUAAUUGUUAUGGGACUUAUGAUUCUGUUAUCA